AUGUCUAAUCCCUUUACAAAUGCGCCUUCUUCCGCUGGCCGUGGAACCAUACAUCUGGCUCUCUUGCCGCCUCAUACACCACGACUUCGAACUGUGAAUUAUCAAUAUCCACUGAAACUGGUCUCCCCGGCGCCGGUCAGAACUGAUAGUGAGCUGGCGCAUCUCAUUCAUACAGUCUACCUUUUAACAUACGGAGGUGGCUUGGUGGCUGGCGAUACCAUCGACUUGCAUGUCACGCUUGAAAAGUCCACGCGACUUAUAUUGCUCACUCAAGGCAGCACAAAGCUAUUCAAAUCGCCUGGACGGGACGUAAUCAGCACGCAAUCUAUGAACGUCGCUGUCGAGCCAGAAUCAGCGCUUUGCUACCUGCCAGACCCGGUCCAGCCAUUCGAGAGAAGCAAUUUUGAGCAAUGCCAGAUGUACAACAUCAAUCUCCCAGCGUCUUCCGAUCUAAGGACUGGUAAUUUAUGUGUACUUGACUGGGUCUCUAAUGGGCGUCCUGCGAACGGCGAGAAUUGGUCCUUCUACCACUACGGCAGUCGCAACGAGGUCUAUCUUCGUCAGAUUGACGGGAAACGGAAGUUGCUUCUUCGAGACAAUCUGCUGCUCGAUGACCAGAUCAUAAGCGGCGGCAUCGCUCGAAGAAUGGAUGGCAUGGCCGUGUACGGCACACUGAUCCUUUACGGCCCUCUCUUCCACAAUCUUGGUCAGUUCUUCAUGAGCGAGUUCAAAUCUACUCCUCGCAUAGGCGGUAGAAAGUGGGACAGCGGCAGUGAGAGUUGUGAUGAAGAAGAAGUCGACCCAAGAGCUCACCGCAGAGCAGAAAGACACCGCAUUGAGGCUGCUGACGGUCUGCUUUGGUCGGCGGCUUCAGUACGCGGAUGCAUUGUCGUCAAGUUCGGAGCGCCUGUCCUUGAAGCUGGCAGACGAUGGCUCUGGACUAUGCUUGCUGAGGAGGGCUCUGUAGUCACUCAGUUCGGCGAGAGAGCGUUGCUGUGCUUGCGAUAG